UCCAAAUCCGCGAUUCUCUCUCUUUUUUGUGUGUGUGGAAGGCGCAAUAAACUGUAAUAACAUCCGAAGCAGCUCCGUGUAGAAAGGCGGCGUAAAACGUGCUCGAAACGGCGGCGUUGCUCCCAGUACAGUGUUUGCAGCUGAAGUUAGUACCGCUGGCGGAGUGAUAUAUUUGUUGGUUAUUUACAGUGCGUUUUAUAGCACGCGCUCAUGGUAUACAAGAUCGCGUGAAGACUUGAAAUUGUUAUCGUGCACAAAUUUCCGCGUCUAUCUCGUCCCUGUCAAACCUCGACACCUCAACGAGACUAAAGGGAUUUAAGUGCACAGUCUUGAAGAUCACCUGUCAUUUACUGAAACGAUUGAGCUGGCUGCACCGUAUCCAAUGGUUCCGCCCCUUUGUUCCCUUUUCUGAAUUCUGAUUGGAACAAUGGAAUGUCAAUCUCGUCCAAACAAGUGACUGUGUCUUUCUACCUGCUCUCUGUUCUGCAGGCAGGAGCGUGCAGUGGUCCAGCCCUGUGGAUGCUGAACGGAACUUUCCCCAGGAACUAGGGACUUUGGGGUGGUACUCGGGCAGGGAGGUUAAGCGCAGCGCUGGAACUGAAGACGGCCGCAAAUAAGCAAGUCCUUGGAGAAGGUAUAUAUCAGCAGGGGAUAAGGGUUGGUGUGUUUCAGAACAGAUUAGUGCAGUCACAGGUUGUGUCCCUCCUCUCACUGCUGCGCCCUCAUUCACAAGACUCUUCAAGCCUAUCUGACCAAUCAAGCUCUUUUAUUCUCUUCUCUGAUUGGUUUUUAAGUCAUGAUGCAAGAGUCGGGGACAGAGGCGACAAACGGAACAGCCAAUCAGAACGGCGCCCCACCUUGUGUGGAGGGACACAGAGAAGUUCGAUCCAAGAGCGCCACACCUUCCUCUGACAUCACAGCAUCUGACCUCGUGAACUUCCAACAACAACAGGCCUUACAAGUUGCACGGCAGAUCCUUCUCCAACAGCAACAGCAAAGCAGCGCCCUCAAGUCCCCUAAAAAUAAUGACAAGCAGCCUGCACCACAGGUCCCAGUUUCUGUUGCUAUGAUGACACCACAGGUCAUAACUCCUCAGCAGAUGCAGCAAAUCCUCCAACACCAAGUUCUGAGCCCCCAGCAGCUCCAGCUGUUACUGCAACAACAACAAGCACUGAUGUUACAGCAGCAGCAACUCCAGGAGUUCUACAAGAAACAGCAAGAACAACUCCACCUUCAGCUCAUCCAGCAGCAGCAUGGCAGCAAACAGCAGAGUAAAGAGGUGUCUGCACAGCAGUUGGCGUUCCAACAGCAGCUGCUCCAGGUUCAGCAGCUCCAGCAGCAGCAUCUCCUGAGCCUGCAGAGACAAGGGCUGCUGUCCAUUCAGCCUAACCAGACUCUGCCCCUGCACUCCCUCACUCAGGGCAUGAUUCCAGCCGAACUGCAGCAGCUGUGGAAGGAGGUGACAAACAGCCAUGUGAAGGAGGAGAACAGCGCGACCAAUAACGGUCACCGGGGUCUGGACCUGUCGUCCCCCUCCCCCGUUCCCCUCAAAAACCACAACCAGCACGGAUCCACCAACGGCCAGUACAUCAGCCACUCGCUCAAGAGAGAGGGAUCAGUGUUGGAUGAUCAUUCCCCUCAUAGUCACCCUCUCUACGGUCAUGGCGUCUGUAAAUGGCCAGGAUGUGAAGCUGUGUUUGAUGACUUUCAGUCAUUCCUGAAACAUCUGAAUAAUGAACAUGCCUUGGAUGACAGGAGCACGGCGCAGUGCAGGGUACAGAUGCAAGUAGUUCAACAGCUGGAACUGCAGUUAGCGAAAGACAAAGAGCGUCUCCAAGCCAUGAUGACUCAUCUUCAUGUGAAGUCUACAGAGCCCAAACCCACCCCACAGCCACUGAACCUGGUCUCCAACGUAACUUUGUCCAAGACGGCUCCCGAGGCCUCGCCGCCCCUCAGUUUACCCCAGACGCCCACCACCCCGACUGCCCCCCUCACGCCGCUCUCACAAACCCACUCCGUUAUCACCCCCACCAGCCUGCACAGUGUCGGCCCCAUGCGCAGACGCUACUCGGACAAGUACAACAUGCCCAUAUCUCCAGAUAUCGGCCAGAACAAAGAGUUCUACAUGAAUGCUGAAGUACGACCUCCUUUCACAUAUGCUUCGUUAAUACGACAGGCAAUUCUAGAGUCACCGGAAAAACAGCUAACACUAAACGAGAUCUACAACUGGUUCACGCGAAUGUUUGCAUAUUUCAGACGCAAUGCAGCAACGUGGAAGAAUGCAGUGCGGCAUAACCUUAGUCUUCACAAGUGUUUUGUGCGGGUAGAGAACGUUAAAGGGGCGGUAUGGACCGUCGACGAGCUAGAGUUCCAAAAGAGAAGGCCACAAAAGAUCAGUGGAAGUCCAGCUCUGGUAAAAAACAUCCAUACCACUUUGGGAUAUGGUCCCGCCCUUUCUGCAGCCUUCCAGGCUUCAAUGGCAGAGAACAACAUACCUCUAUACACUACCGCUUCUAUCGGAAGUCCCACUCUUAACUCGCUUGCCAGCGCCAUCCGAGAGGAAAUGAAUGGGGCCAUGGACCACGGGAACAGCAACGGUAGUGACAGCAGCCCUGGACGCUCGCCCCUGCCAGCUAUGCAUCAUAUCAGCGUAAAAGAGGAGCCACUGGACCCAGAGGAGCACGAAGGCCCCCUUUCCCUCGUGACGACAGCCAAUCACAGUCCAGACUUUGACCACAACAGAGAUUACGAGGACGACCACGGGAACGAGGACAUGCUGUAAGCCUGGUUUCUCCCAGGUCCUCUGCCGAAGAGGCCAUACUAACUGCGGUCACCUGCGAGACCACUCCAGAUAUAGCAAGCCCAAGACUGGAUUCUCAAUCCUCUUGUUGACAGCUAUUAAAAUGUUCCAAUUUACUCUUAGUGCCAUUAAAUACAAAAACGAAAUACGAGAUAAGAAAAUCUAUUCCAUUUGGAAGUAUUUUUGAUUUGUUUCUACUUUUCGUUUUAAAAGACGAGAUGCAUACAUUUCUACUCAUCGCCUGAUGAAGAGACAUUUGGUACUGGGGCCUGCUUCGACUUCGUUGAGUCACUGAGACCAGAGCGGACAUGAAAACACAGCUGAGAAAGACUCCUUGCAAAUAAACACUGAUCACAAACUCUCUCUCAAACACACACACAAAUCAUUAGCGCUUCGAUGAGCGUGCCACUCACAGUGUGUGUGUACGUAUGUGACUUUAAUUCAUUGCCUCUGCCAUCAGAUCUUCUUAAAGGACGGCUCACCCAAGAAAUAAAAUUCUGUCAUUUACUCACCCUCAUGUCAUUCCAAACCCAUAUGACUUCAUUUCUUUCGUCAAACACAAAAUGAUUUGUUUUGAAGAGCUUGCUCUUUCAUAUAACGAAAGGGAAUGCGCUCCCUGGAGAGUUCACGAGACAAGUAGCAGUGUUUGAAUCGUGAGCGAGUCAGAUCUUUUCAGUGAAUUGGUUCGCAAAUCGCCGAUUCUCGUGUCGAACUCGAUGAACUCGCAGGAAGGGAAGAUUUUCAGUGAUUUCUUAUCCAAAUCUCUACAACAUACUCAUAAAAUGAGUAAUCGGGAUGCUUUUGUGUCCUUUUUGAAGCUUGAAAGCUCUACUCUCCAUUAAUUGUAAAUGCAUGAUAAAAAGCAGCGAGUACAGAGGUAACGGUUUUAGAGGUAGGUUUUUAUGGAUAAAAAGAAAGUCAUACGGCUUUGGAACAUCAUGACGAUGAAAAAAUGACUGAAUUUUCAUUUUUUUUUAAGUGCACUAUUUCUUUAAGUUUGCUGUCAUCACAGCUGGAGCAUAUCUGUCUGGUGUUUUGAGGGUUCCUGGGCAAAUAAUUUAAAUGUAGUGUCCUCUCAUUACUCUAUGCUGUUAGCUAUAUAUCUUUUUGUUGGGUUUGUUUGUUUUGGUAACUGAUCAGACCUCAUGAAUAAUGACGUGGAGUUAUGGUGUGCUUAGCACUGGAUGAAUGUUAAGACUUCUCAUGCUCUCUUUUUUCCCUCUUCCUUUCCUUUCGAAAUUGAAACAGAAUGUCGCAUUACCGUGUAGUAUUUUUCUGUCAUUUGUUCCCAGCGUUUCGGAUCGCCACUUUGCAGUCACAUUGCCCUUGCGUGCCGACACACACACACACACACACUCUCUCUCGUGCUCUUUCCCGCUCAUGAAGUCCAUCUGCAAAUGCACUACUCGUAAUGAAGGCUCCCUCUCCACGCACCAAUGAAGUUUAAUUUUCACGUGGAAUGAAUGACAGAGAAAUCAACGCAGGUUAACGUUUAUCGUUCUGAAAUUAUGCUUUCAAAAAUCCCCUUUUGUGGUGAUGCAUGUUAGCGUCAACCAAAUCGCUGAUCGAAACCAUCAUCUGUAUUGCAAAAUGAAAUGUCAAAAAAUGUUGAAAUAAGCAGCAGGGAGAGAACUGUUAGACAAAAGCUAAUUGUAUUGACGGGAUAUAUGAACCUUUUUUUUGGGGGGGGGGGGACUCGCUUCUGUCAUUUCAAAGACUGUCCGGAUGACUUUAAACUGCAUUGGGUAUCUGUUUCACCACAUCAGUGACCGGCUCAGCCUCUGUUAUUAGACACGAUAAUAAUUACACACGGGAUUAAAUGUUAAAGGGAUUACAAACCGAGGCUGACGGCACAGCCAUGACCACUGAGCAUUACGGCACCGGGGCGGCCCACUAUGACCAUUCGCAUCUUGCCACAUCACCUUGGAAACGACCGUUUCCGACUCUGGCUGUUGCCAGUUGAACCUGGGAAGCAACUCCGAAUUGGAAGCUGCUGCCGCCGGCUAGUUUAGAUUCAAAUUUUGGGACUGCGGACGAGGAUGAGAACAGACUUUAGAUUAGGCUUCUACAAAUCGUACACGAUUGCGUUUUGUUUGGGUUUUUUUAAUGACUGCAACCAACCACUUUCUGUGUUCUUAUUUAUUACUUCCAUUUUUGUUGUCAUUUUGUUUUUACUUAAGUUGAUGUUUAUGUCUCUUAUCUGUGACUACCAAAGAUACAAGAUACUACAAGUUGAUAUAUUCUAUGUUCCAUGCAAUAGCUAUAAUAACGAAAGGCCAAAUAUCCUUAUGGUGUUCCCCGCACUGGCCGGACGCAAAAAUUAUGAAAUGUCUGAAACUGUGUCGGGCUUAUUAUGGUGAACAAAAAACAAAAAAAAAGCCAAAGGGGUUGUUCGAUGGGCAGCUGUAUGUCUUUGCCUGUGACCAAAAUAGGAGAGGAGAGGCAGAGAUCGAGACCAACACACGACCAAAUCAAAGCAAUGUUGUCUUUGGGCCAAUGAAAAGGAAAAAAGGGAGUGUUCUAUCAGGAAAUGAUGGCUAUAAAGGAGAAGGAUAUGGAUGAAAGAGUUUAGGACUGUUCAUUGUCGUCACAGGAAAUUUAAAUCCAUUUGCAUAACACAAUGUGAACUGAACUUCAACUGGACCACACGAUGAUGAGAGUUUCAUUUGUUCUCAUACUUUAGAGGGGUUUUUUUUUGCCAUUUUUUUAUUUCAAAGAUUGUAUGCCACUUACCUUGUAAAUUCGAACCGGGAUUCCCGAUGUCCUUUUUGUUAACCUUGGCAAUGCUCUAUGAUUGUGUUUUAGUGUCUGUCAACUUAUUACUUUUUUAUAUUAAAAAACACUCCUGUCAACCAAUAA